CUCUAUAUUCAUCUCUAUAUUCAUCUCUAUAUUCAGCUCUAUAUUCAUCUCUAUAUUCAGCUCUAUAUUCAACUAUAUAUUCUGUUCAAAGAUAUGACGUGAAAUGCUAAUGAAUAAGUGGAGGGUUACCGUGUAAUGAUUAUCCUUUGGUGGACAUUCUUGUGUGCAGGGGGAAGACUCUGGUGACUUGAAGAGACACAGAUCGAAAGACGGAUCUCUGAAGAAGAGCAAGGGCGCCGGGAGCAACGGACAAAGGGUCUGGUGAUGGCGGACGGCGGGCGAGACCUGACUGACCAGUAUUCAACCAGUUUCAACUGGCUCCUCUCAACCGCAUCCAAGAGAAACCAGCAGUCGAAAUUCGCGUGGGAGUCACUGCAGAAGCACUCCAUGCACAGUGAGCUUCUCAAGGAGUAUGGGAUAAUGGUAGACGUUGUCCACUCUCCUGCCAGCAUAGCUCAGCUGAGGGCA